AUGGUGGGAGCAGCCGGGAGCCGCUCCCGGGAUUCCCGGGAUUCCCGGCAGCUCCCGCCCCGGCCAGGGCAGCACCUGGGCAGCAGCUCUGCUUUGUGGAGGCCCUGGAUGCUCCCAGCAAGGGAUGGGGAGGCCACGGAGAACCAACAAACGCCAGAACUGGAUGGUCAAGUAGAUAAAUUGCUUUACUUGCCGAAAUCUAAAUCCCAGAAGUUUCUUGCUAAUAUUGGAGAGAAGGUUCUGGCCAGUUUUCCUGUACAAGCCACGAUUCACUUCUACAGUGAUGAUGCUGAGCCUGAGGAAGAAGAAGUGAGCCCUGAGAGACCCAAAAUCCACACUAAAAAAUGA